AUGGCCCAGGGGUUGGCCACAACCGCAUUACUCAGCGAGGAGCAGCAGAAGCUGGCGAAAGCCGCCGCUUCGGUGUACGACCUUCGGGUGGACUCAGAUGCCGUGGUGGACUCGAUGUAUGCAUCCGCGUGCCAGUUUAGCGACCCCCUGGUUCUGGUCUCGGGCCCGGCCCACGUGAAGGCCCAGUUCCGCUCCUUACGGAUGCUCUUCCGGGAGAUUGAUUUCCAGGUUGAGGGAGUUGGCCUUCUGGGUGAGAAGGUGGUGAUCGAAGCCUCCGUCACAUACGUGCCGAAGAGAAUGCCAAGGGCCUGUGCUGUGCGCCUUAAGCAGUUCACAACCCUCACGUCGACUGCCGGGCGCGUUCUCUUGCACGAAGACCACUGGUCAAUUCAUGGCGUCCUCGUGGCCAUCACAGGGCUCGGCUGGCUGUACCAAGGUUGGCGUAAGGCUUUGGGCACCGCAUCCAGUGUGGCCGUGGACCUGAUUUCAUGCCCGAAGCGCAAGGGAUCGUAA